UGUCCUCUCCGAUAGCCGUACGUGGUUGAAACAGAUUCAUACGAUGGCGAAUGUGAAGUGCAGCGGCGAAGGCCCCUCUAAAGAAGGAGGUGAAACUGUCAAAACUGUUUUUAUUUUGCAAUGAACUUACAAUGGAAAUCAUUCGAGAAUAAUGAUUGUGUUUGUGAAUGUAGGUAUUUAAGCUAUAUAGCUUAGUUUAGCAAGCUAACGUUAGCUUUGUUAGCUGUUAACGAGCUGCUUUUCAAUCCUGUGUUUUCUGUGGAGAUCCUUAAUAUUUAACACUGAUGUUGGAUUUAAAUUAACAAGACUAAAUGCAUAACGUUGUUGCAUAUUAUAAGUCCAGCGGAGUUUUGUUUAGCAAAUGUUUGAUCCAUAAUCUAACACUGCUAUCUUUCGGUUUUGGACUUGUAACGUUACCGUAGAAGAACCGGAAGUCAUUCAAGUACAAUGUAAAUAAUGUGGUACAUUAAUUCAGUACCAAAUUACUAUUUUAUACUUCCAUUGUGGUGUUCUUAGUAAUGCUUAUACACUAUACAAUAGUAGAGCUAAAGUACUAUGGUAUAGUGAAUCUACCUUGGAGUACAGUGUAAAUUGCAUAGGUGUCAUGUUGAUAUUUCAGUAUCAUGGCGAAGUACUGUGGUUUUACCAUCUGAGUUGAGUUUAUUUGACACAAAAAGUAGCAGUUCACUGUUACAACCUUAUUGUCAAGGAUAACACAAUAAAGUUACAGUAACUUCCAUUGUGUUCCUUGCUUUUAAAAAGAGAGAUUAAAUCCUGGUCAAAAAUCUGCUCACUCCCAUAAAAUAACAUACAGAUCAACAAUUCAUUAUACAUUUUAAGACAUCCUAUCUAAGAACAGUAUCUUCAGCCUUUUUCUAAAACCCUCACAAUUCGUUAAUACCUUAAUAUCUAAAGGCAGCUUGUUCCAUUCAUUUGAGCCUGAAUAUUUAAAUGACCUUUGACCAUACAGUGUCUUCUAUCUACAUAAAUUAAUAUCCAUAAUGCUCUGUCUGGUAAAAUGGCCAUGUCUGACAUUAACCAGAGAAAAAUCAUAAUUAAAAUAUACUGGAUGGAUCCUUAUCAUUAAUGAUUUUAUGUACCAUUUUUCAUUUACUGCAGAUAUCUUGGUAUUGCCAUAUUAAUGUGUGUAAUAGUAGACAAUGGCACUGCUGAAAGCAGCCAGAUGCAUUUUAUGUUGCAUUAGUUAAAGACAACAAGUGCUAAUCAAAUGACUCCAACUAAUCAAUUAGAUUUUAAGCUCAACAGCACCUAUCUGAGCAGGUCCUCCUGGCAUCCCUCAUCUUUCAGCAGGACCGGAAGAGAAGGGAAGCAGUGUGAAAACUAAGACUGUCUCUUCCAGCACGGCAUCAGGGGACAGUCUGCGAAAGCGGUCUGCUGAUGAGAUUGACCUCGAAGAUGAGUCUAAAAGUAAGCCAGCACCCCCUAAAAUGUCUAAAGUGGGGUUUAGCAUGACUGCGAAGAAGUCUGCGCCAAUCUCUAUCAAGCUGGGAGCAAGCAAACCUAAAGAACCCACACCUGCCUUACCUGCCAAGAAAGCUGGACUGGCAUCUGUUUUUAAUGAAGAUGAUGAUAGCGAGCCUGAAGAAAUGCCGCCUGAUGCAAAGAUGAGGAUGAAGAAUAUUGGCAGAGAAACGCCCACUUCAGCUGGACCCAAUUCCUUCAACAAAGGAAAGCAAGGAUUCUCAGAUCAUCAGAAACUUUGGGAGAGGAAGUUUAAAGCCCAGGCAGAUCAGUAGUAUCCAGCUGCUUACAAUAGCUUGCUUUUUGGCAUUGAAAUAUUUGCCCUUUUGUCUCUUUGUUUGAUGACAAUUAUACAAAUGUAUAUAUGUAAUGAAUGUUUACGCUAUAAAACCUCUUUUUAUUGUAGCUAAUUUGACACUGUGGUUAAAUAAUGCCUUCCUUUGUAAGAUGGAAACCACAACAGAGAAAUUAAGAUUUUUUUUUUUUUUUUUGCUGUAUAUGGUAUGUGCCGUGCCACACUGACUCCUGUUAUCAUUUGCUUAUAGUUUAGUUGUUCUCCACAGAAGAAAUGUAGUGGUCCAGUCAUUCAGGAUUGUUUAAGUUUCAUUUGUUGAAAUGAAACAAGACGUUGUAUUUUAUAGUCACUAAUAAAUCAGAGCUGUGGUAUCACA